AUGGCGGGAACCGCUGAGGCAGAGUUGAUAUGUCAACUGGAAAGCACAAAACCUACAGUGGAGAACGUUACUCCAUACUCAUCGUACCAGCAAACACAGCCGCGACUGAAGGGCUUCUCUCUGUACCAACAGAAUGAGCUACCUGUGUUGUACGGCGGAGGACGGGAGUUCCUUCUUAGCUUGAUACCGAGCGGCGACGAACCAGCAGACAUGGUCCAGGCAGAAGUGGUCGACUUUUUUAUCCUGAAUACAUGCAUGGUAAUAUGGAUCAACACGCUUGACAGAGGGCUACGCAUUCCCUACCAAAAAGUUGUGUACCACGGCGUGCAUCCGAUCGAAAGCCCGACGGCCAGCGCGGAAGGGCACUCGUUGGAAAUCGUCCUCACAGUACAGCGCGAUGCGACCUUGAAUCAGCUGUUUCCCGCGGGUGCCCCAACACGCGCUGCCGACCCGCUGGGCGAAUUCACGAUGUCGACGGUGGAACUCAUCCUAAGGCCGAAAUACGCGGAUUUUGACAGGCACUACAACGACCAAAUGGAGAACCUGUUUACGUUCAAGGAAUUCGGCCUCAAUAGAGGAGACACUUUGGUGGUGAACUGCAGCAAAGCCAUCGCGACCUGUAUGGACUUUUUCUGCGUGGAGGAGAGCGACGACGAGACAGAGACAGACCAAACCGCGAGCAGCGCGCUGCCCGGGUUUACCGGCGUGGGCGAGUUCCUGCAGGAGCCGCCCGUAUACUUCAACAAUGGCGCAGCCGACGACCUUGGCGAGGACGACAGGUCGAUGAGCCGGUUCCUGGUCGACGGAACGGAUGCUGGCAUGUCCCUAGAGUUCUGCGGAAAUGAGCAGCUCGCGGGGCGCAAGAAACUGUGGGAACACGACGGGCCCGAGUUCCCCAACAAGUACAGAGGUUGA